AUGCUCACAUCGCAGCUAUUCGGACUGGUGUGCUACGUGCUGACAUAUCUACGGUAUGCGAGGGACAACUCUCUGUUGAAUGUGAUUCUCUCGGUCCUGGUAGUAGUAUCUUCACAGGUUCUACAACAGAUGGUCACUCUGUACUACAAGAAGUCCCAGAAGCCAUCUCAGGAGCAAGCCGAGCGUGAGGAACUGACAACCAUUUUCAACGUUCUUCUAAAAUGCCUUAGAUACUACCAGGUCAUAUUUGUGUUGCAAUUUGUGUCGUCACUACUCUACCAUUUGACUCUUGACAUCGAAAAGGAUGUGUGCUCGUGGAAACAUGGCUACAUUUUCACCGACAUCAUCGGCGAGUUUGAUUGCGGGCGCGGUGGGAAGUGGGCAGUGUUUGCUCUCGAUCUGGGUCUUUUACUGUGCCAACAUCUAGCGUUUAAUGAGUCCUUCACGGUAGGAGGAAGGGAUCCUCACGAAACCGUACGAGAGGCCAGCUUGGACGGUUUUAACCCACAUGAAUAUGGCAUUUUCAGCAUCCUGCGAUUCGACUCAUUCAAGGUAAAUGAUACCGCUGUGGUAUUUACAACCGAGGGCAACACACUUGGCUCUCAAGCCAACAAGUCUUACGGGAGCGUCGUAACACAUGAUGGGUGA